AUGGAGCAAAGAGCAUAUUGGGUUGUUAACAAAUGUAAUAUGAACUUAGCCCAAGCCGGUGAGGAGAGAUUAUUGGAAUUACAAAAAUUGGAGGAGCUAUGCUUGGAAGCCUACGAGAACUCAGGAAUGUACAAGGAAAAGUCAAAAUUAAUACAUGAUAAAGGUCUCUUGAGGAAGAAAUUUCGAGUUGGACAGAAAGUGUCACUCUUCAACCCAAGGCUAUCACUUAUGACCGGUAUACUAAAAUGUAAAUGUCUUGGUCCUUUUGAGAUUGUUAACUUGUUUCCUUGUGGUGCAAUGGAGAUUAGGAACCCAGAGAUGGGAAAGGAGUUCAAAGUGAAUGGGCACCACCCUAAAAUACUCAACAAUGGAGAAGUCAACGUGGUUUACUCAAAACUCAUGUUGACUCCAUCAUCUGUGAGCCCGUAUCACUAG